AUGGAUAAUGUCUCUUUUCAUUCUGAAGAGAGUGUCACCAAAUGGAAAUUUGUUUACAAGCGUAGGAUUGCUCAGGAAAGGGAGUUGGUUGCUGAGGUUCUUGCUUGCCAAGAUGUGAUGGACUUAGGAAGAUGUUUUGACAAACUGGUGAAGGAAUUCAUUGUCAACAUCUCUGUGGAAUGUAAUAUCUCUGGAAGUCCAGAGUUUCACAAAGUCGUUGUCAGAGGUUUGUUAUCAUCUGCUUAUCUAAGUGUGAAGUAUGCCCUUUUGAAUCGCAUUGGGGCUGCAAAUUGGGCACCCACCAAGCAUGCUUCUAAUCUUCCUAUUGGUUUUCCUUGUAUGAUCUCUGAGAUUAUUUUGAGUCAACAUUCUGAUAUCCUCUCUGCUGAUGAGUCACCUAGUGUGAAGGCUAGUCCUUUGACUAUUGACAACAUGUUGCUGAUUGGGACUCAUGUUCCUGAUGUUGCUGGCAUGACUGCUAAGUCUCAUAAUGGUGGUGCAAGUUCUUCCAAGCCAACUGAGACAGUUCUUGCUGAGUUAAUGGAGGUCUCCAAAACUCUUCAAGAGACUAUCACAAGCUUCACUAUAAGGAAGAGGAAUGUUGAUCGCUUCAUCAAGGAAUUGACUAUGGGCAAAGGCAAAGUUGAUGACAGCACUGCUGCUGCUGAUGAACAAGAAGGAGAUGUUUCUGAUACAGAUGAUAAACCAGAUGUCUCAACAUCCAGUGAUUUUUAG